CCUUCCCGGCAAGGUGUCUUGAUGUGUUCACUUUCUAGAGUGAAUGACGUUUGCUUGUAGGGUCUGUGUCGUAUAAUCAUGUUGUCCUUCAAAGCACUACAAAAGAACAAAACGCUGAAAUAUGGCAUUCCCAUGUUGUUGCUGAUAGUGGGAGGUUCCUUUGGUCUCCGGGAAUUCACACAGAUCCGCUAUGAUGUCCAGAAGAUCAGGAAGAAGCUGGACCCAGCCCUGGAGGCCAAGGUGAACAAACAGAAACAGUCUGUCAUCCUGGAAGAGGAGUACCAGAAGAUGAAAGAGGUGGACCUGGACAAGUGGAAGAACGUCCGGGGUCCUCGUCCUUGGGAGGACUCAAAGCAGUACCAGGAGGAACAGCGUUCUCAACAGGGAAAGGCAGUAUGAUGAUGAUGAUGACGACGACCUUCGAUACCAGCCUGCAAAAGCGGAGCCUCGUCCUGAAUCGUGAACCUCCACACUCCAUCUAGGAGAUUUCACAAUGUUGUAAAACUCUGCUGAGUACUCGCAGCUUACUAUCCAAUCUGUUUGGGACUCCUGGUGGGGACCUUUUUUUUUUUUGCACACUUCGGGGGCGAGGAUCUGAGCGGGGCAUUUUGUCGGCACCCUGCAUCUAGACAGACUGACUGGGCAGGAGAGAUAGACGCCGCUGAGACACAUCAUCGUGAGGAGCUUUCCUGCACUGCUCCUGGAGUUUGAAUCUGUUUGUGUUAUGUAACAAAGAACAAUUCAUGAUUACACUUCGCCAGCUUGUGCACAUUUGCUGUUGAUGGAAACACAAGCGGACGAAUCCGAGUUAUUUUAAAUUGAUUGAAGUUGACUGUGUUCAAGUUAAAUCUGAGCUCCAUGAAAUGUUAUGUCAACUGUAAGUUGUUCUUAGUUUAUGAACACCCGGACCCCUUUAUCGAAAUAGGUAAAUCAGUGUAAUUGCUUAGAGGGCCACUAGGCGUCAGUGUUCACUGGUGUGGCAGGCUUGCUUAUUAAGCACAUAAACCUGUUGGAUUUAUUCUGGACAGAUGUUGUUCGUGAUGAUGACCUCACUAUAUUUGUGAGGCAAAUAGACCAUGCUCAAUGACCUUAAAUUAAGUUUAAAUGACAUCCAUCUAAUUAUUCUGAGAAGGGAAAAAAGUUAAUUCCAAAUUGCAGGAUUUAUUUUUUUGCUUCCCUUUUCCACUUCUUUCCUUUCAUUCCUAUUUUUCCUCCAGGAUACAGUGACAUUUCUAGGUGUUUCAAAGUCGUAUUACAUUAAAGGCAC